AAUUCCAGUAACUCGCGGAGGGGCCAGUAGUAUAUACAUGGAAAUAGUAUAAUAUAUGAGCGAAGUAUUCGGCCCCUCGCACAAUGUCUACGGCCGUUCUCAAUGGUUGCUACUACCUCUCAUCCCUCACGACCAGCUCCAACCCUCGCAGUACUUCUAUAUUAGCCUCCUCCUCCUCCUCCUCCUCUCGCUCUUAUCGUAAUCCCAUCUCUUCGAACUCCUCUCCUCUCCCAUCGGUCUCUUCGAGCCCUCGACUCAUCCGCAACGCUCCAGUUCUUGCUACCCCUUCCACCCUCACUACAGCCGUGGAAAUGGCGUCCGUUGAUCGACUGAAAUCCGGUUUUGAGCAGUUUAAGAAGGAAGUUUACGAAAAGAAGCCCGAGGUGUUUAACCAGCUUGCCGAGGGCCAGAGUCCAAAGUUUCUAAUAUUUGCGUGUUCGGAUUCACGAGUGUGUCCAUCUGUAUUGUUCAACUUUCAACCUGGGGAGGCUUUUACCAUCCGCAACAUCGCUAACAUGGUACCACCCUAUGACAAGACAAGAUAUUCUGGUAUUGGUGCUGCUGUUGAGUACCCCGUUGUUCACCUCAAGGUAGAGAAUAUUAUUGUUAUUGGACACAGUCGUUGUGGAGGAAUCAAAGCGCUCCUCUCUAUUAAAGACAAUGCUUCUCUCGGCACUGACUUUAUAGAGGACUGGGUCAAAAUCUGCACUCCGGCAAAAGAAGCAGUGAAUCAAGCUCACAGUGAUCUCUCCUUUGAAGAACAAUGCUCAAAGUUGGAGAAGGAAGCUGUGAAAGUUUCUCUUGAGAAUUUGAAGACUUACCCUUAUGUUAAGGAAGGCCUGGAGAAGAAGACUUUGGCUUUGUACGGAGGGUACUACGACUUUGUCAAUGGUUCUUUUGAGACAUGGGAGCCGGAAAUGGCGUCCGUUGAUCGAUUGAAAUCCGGUUUUGAGCAGUUUAAGAAGGAAGUUUACGAGAAGAAGCCCGAGGUGUUUAACCAGCUUGCCGGGGGCCAGAGUCCAAAGUUUCUAGUAUUUGCGUGUUCGGAUUCACGCGUGUGCCCAUCUGUAUUGUUCAACUUUCAACCUGGGGAAGCUUUUACCAUCCGCAACAUCGCUAACAUGGUACCACCCUAUGACAAGACAAGAUAUUCUGGUAUUGGUGCUGCUAUUGAGUACCCCGUUGUUCACCUCAAGGUAGAGAAUAUUAUUGUUAUUGGACACAGUCGUUGUGGAGGGAUCAAAGCGCUCCUCUCUAUUAAAGACAAUGCUUCUCUCGGCACUGACUUUAUAGAGGAUUGGGUCAAAAUCUGCACUACGGCAAAAGAAGCAGUGAAUCAAGCUCACAGUGAUCUCUCCUUUGAAGAACAGUGCUCAAAGUUGGAGAAGGAAGCUGUGAAAGUUUCUCUUGAGAAUUUGAAGACUUACCCAUAUGUUAAGGAAGGCCUGGAGAAAAAGACUUUGGCUUUGUACGGAGGGUACUACGAUUUUGUCAACGGUGCUUUUGAGACAUGGGAGAUGGCGACAAGGGUGCUCUCUCAGAAGGAGCAAGACAUCCAGAUGAUGUUGGCUGCCCAUGUGCACCUCGGAACCAAGAACUGCCACUUCCAGAUGGAAAGAUAUGUUUUUAAGCGUCGGACUGACGGGAUAUACAUUAUUAAUCUUGGAAAAACUUGGGAGAAGUUACAGCUUGCAGCUAGAGUAAUUGUUGCCAUCGAAAAUCCUCAAGACAUAAUUGUCCAGUCUGCUAGGCCGUAUGGUCAAAGGGCUGUCUUGAAGUUUGCCCAAUACACUGGAGCUCACCCUAUUGCUGGGAGGCAUACCCCUGGAACUUUCACUAACCAGCUUCAAACAUCCUUUAGUGAACCUCGUCUGCUUAUUCUUGCUGAUCCAAGGACUGAUCACCAGCCAAUAAAGGAAUCUGCUCUGGGAAAUAUUCCAACGAUUGCCUUUUGUGAUACUGAUUCACAAUUGCGAUUUGUUGAUAUUGGAAUUCCUGGUAACAACAAGGGGAAACACAGUAUAGGUUGUCUCUUCUGGUUGUUGGCAAGGAUGGUCCUCCAGAUGCGUGGUACUAUAGCUCCAGGACACAAGUGGGAUGUUAUGGUUGAUCUCUUCUUUCACAGAGAUCCUGAGGAAGCUAAGGAGCAACAAGAAGAAAGAGAGGCCUCUGUUGCCCCUGAUUAUGGUGCUGUAGUUGAAUAUGGUGGUAUCAUGCCUUCUGAACAAUGGCCUAGUGAUUUUGCAAAUGAUGCUCCUGAUGUGGAAGCAAUGCCUAGCUUGGUUGCACCAGCUGCUGGGGUUGAGUGGACUUCUUUUCAAGCUGAUUGGGAUGCUGCUGCGGCUCCAGUUGCAGAAAGUGAUUUGCCUCCUGCUGGUGUUCCUACCCUUGGUUGGGAUCCCGCUUCAGCUCCUAAUGCCACUGGCUCGGAUUAUCAACCCUCUUCUUCCCAUUCUUCACAUCAGUCUUCUCCAGAGAAUCAAAGGACUGAAAGAGCCGACCGAAACCGAGAAGUUAGAGAAAUGGAGUCGGCCCAGCGAUUGAAAUCCGGGUUCGAGCGGUUUAAGAAGGAAGUCUACGAGAAGGAGCCCGAGGUGUUUAGCCAGCUUGCCGAGGGCCAGAGCCCAAAAUUUCUAGUAUUUGCCUGUUCGGAUUCGCGCGUGUGCCCGUCGGUCCUGUUUAACUUUCAACCCGGAGAGGCUUUUACCAUCCGCAACAUCGCUAAUAUGGUCCCAUCUUAUGAUAAGAAAAGAUAUUCUGGCAUUGGUGCUGCCAUUGAGUACCCAGUUGUUCAUCUCAAGGUAGAGAACAUUAUUGUUAUGGGUCACAGUCGUUGUGGAGGCAUCAAAGCGCUCCUCUCUAUCAAAGAUGAUGGUACCACUGGCACUGACUUUAUAGAGGAUUGGGUCAAAAUCUGCACUCCGGCAAAAGAAAGAGUGAAGCAAGCUCAUGGUGAUCUCUCCUUUGAAGAACAGUGCUCAAAGUGCGAGAAGGAAGCUGUGAAAGUUUCUCUUGAGAAUCUGAAGACCUACUCUUAUGUUAAGGAAGGCCUCGAGAAGAAGACCCUAGCUUUGUAUGGUGGGUACUAUGAUUUUGUCAAUGGUGAUUUUGAGACAUGGGAGGCUUAAAACCAUUAUUAUGGUGUUGAUUUUCCAACUUCAAAGCUUCAUGUAUUAUAUAUCAUCAAGGAAAUUUUAG